GGGAAAGAGGGAAAGGAAUGCUACUAAUAGGAAUAUGAUUAAUUGGAAGACUUAAAACUGCAUGAUAGAAAACAUUUCUUGAUUGAUAUAUUUGACAAAUAAAAUAGAUAUAAAGCCGCUUCAGCUGGAGACAACAUGGCAUACAUGAGUAAAGAAUUAUGAACUGUCAAGGGUUAAUAUGUUUUGUUUUCCCCUGGCCGACCUUCCUAGUGUCUCCAAAUAAAGUGUUCUCCUGGUAAGGCCUAUACCAAUAAUGCCUUGUUUCCCCCAUUGGUUAGGCCUAUACCAGUGUGUCCAAGGCUUCUCUGGGCAUCGCAGACCACCGUGAGCUGGGCAAGAUGAUGAAUACCAUUAUAUUCCACACCAAGAUGGUGGAUUCCCUGGUGGAGAUGCUGGUGGAGACAUCUGACCUCUCCAUAUUCUGGUAAAUAAACGAGCCAGAACAGCCCAGAGGGCAGGAGAAUAUAUAUAUCUCAUGUUUCCGUAGCUUGAGGCAGCUUGAUGUACAAGUACACCCCCUGGACAAGACGCUAGUUUUCCACAUGGCCUAUUCUGGUAGGGGUCUACAUUUACCUCCAUGUUCAGUUACACAGACGUUUAAAACAUAGUAAAAGGUAAUAGGUUAUAUAGCCUCUCCAUCAUCUGGUAGGGCCUCUACAUUUGGGACUCCAAUUCAGAAAAACAUGAAGUCCCAUUGCUGGGUAGUUUAAUUGAAGCAGUAAAAUACUAAGAAAAACACGUCAAAUGUACAUACAAAAGUAAAAACGGGAACACAGGAAAACGCAUAACAUCAAUAAAAAUAUAUUGGAUCAAAGAUGCACUGUGCAAGUGGCAGGUUUAUCUCUGGAGGCUACAUUUACAUCUACUGCCAUAUUCAGUUAAAGUUAAAGCCAUUUACAAGGAAAACAUAGUAAAAGGUAAUAGGCUAUAUAGCCAUCACUCAUCCUCUAAAACCCCAUGGUAACUAACUGUCUGUUAGGGGUUUUGUUAUGAUAUUUAUAUUUUAUGUUCGGUGGAGACAGGACCGGACAGGACAGGAGAUGAGAGGGUUGGACAGAUGAGGUAUUAUUGUACCCGAGAUGUAUGACCAAGUUGCCAGCUCACGCUCUUUCCUCUCUCGCUUCCUCUCUUCCCUAUUUCCUCUCUCUCUUCUCAUAUCUUUCCUCUCUCCCUCUAUCUCUUCUCUCUCUCUCCUCUGUUCACUCUUUCCCCUCUCUCUUCUCUCCUCUCUUCUCUCUCUCUCUCUCUCUCUCCCUUUUCACUGUUUUUCAUCUCUCUCCUCUCCUCUGAUAGCUUUUACAGUCGUGCGUUUGAGAAGAUGUUCCAGCAGUGUUUGGAGCUGCCCUCCCAGUCUCGUCACUCCAUCUCCUUCCCUCUGCUCUGUACCCACUUCAUGAGCUGCACCCAUGAGCUCUGUCCUGAGGAGGUGAGUGAAGUGUCCCAUUGAGAUAUGAUGUUACGGCCGUAUAACGAAACAUUUCAGUAAGCAUCACUAAGGUCUGGCGGGUCACUCUGGGAUCUAGUCAUUUAGGAAACACACUUAUUUUCAACAUAAAUAACUCAUAUAUUCAAUUGAUCAGAUCGGCCUUGCAAAAUAUGUUUUCAAGGUUCUUUCCUAGUUGAAUGUCAAAAGGUACUCAAGGGUCUUUCCUACUUAAAUAAAGGGUAAAUUAAUACAUAAAAUACAUCUUUAUUAGAUAUCCCCGUACAUGUUUGUGUAUAAUACUUGCAAUGUGAAGAUUUAAAAUGUUUUGUAUGUAUACUAAUAAGUUUGACUUGAUCUCUUUCCAAGAGCUGGAAUCUUAGCUAAACGCUUGGUGAAGUAGCAGCCUAUUCUAUUUGGAGUUUCAUCUCUCGCAGUAGUUUUCUAGCUCUUAGGGGGACUGCUAGUCUCAGAGAAGCAGGCCAUUUCACAGGAUGUCUCACACACUGAAUAAUGUCAGUGUUGCACCUGGGGAUUGGAGGUAGGAGGGAGGGAGGCUGCAUGUGAAAGUGUGUCUGUCUCCUUCAGCUCCGUCUUAUUGCUGCUAGGGCCCAUGGCUGCAUCCCAACUGGAACCCUCUUCCCUAUACAGUGCACUUCUUUUGACCACAACUUUUGACCAGACCCCUAUGGGCUCUGGUCAAAGGUAGUGUACUAUAUAGGGAAUAGGGUGCCAUUUGAGACACCUGUGUCUCCUUCUAUGCUGUUAGGGCAAGUGACCAGAGCAGCAGGAUGGAGCCAUACAGAGAAUCAGGAAAGUCACAGCAAAUUUUCGGGGGUUGUGGAAUGUCGCGGAAUGAAGCAUCCAGCGCUGUGGUCCAUGUACCCGUAUGUGUACCAAGAAGCAGAGGGCUGAAAAGCAUGAUUUAUUACAUCUGUAAUUGAACCAUACACUGGUGCAGCUACUAGCUACUCCCAGGGGGGAAUGUGGAAGCCCUCAGCAGCCCUCAGCACACACAACCUCCACAACAGAUUUCUGUUUCCCUCUCUGUUGAAAUACGCCAGGCACAUUCAUUAAGUGUUUGUUCCUACCAAACAUGGAGCCCUCUAAUAUGGCAUAUUUUUGCUGCUAAUUGGUUGAAAAACGGUACUGAAAUAGGUGGCACAAUGGGCGUUCUCAUGUGGCCAAGCAGAGUGGUUGAAGGAGAGCCUUCUGCUUAAGAGCUGUCUGAGUGCACUUAGAGAAAUAAAAUAGAUUUAUUGAGACAUAGAAGGCUUGGAUUUCACUUAUUCAAACACAAAACUCCCUCUCUCAGCAUGUCUUCAAAAUGUUCCUCUUCCUAUGUCCACUACUCACAGCUUUGGACAGCUGCAAAAGUUAUUUAUGUUGGAAAAGCUCUAAAUGUUUCCAAGAAUAUUUCCAUCUUGCACAGAAAACUUUUUACAGCAGUUUAUAGUAACAGUAAAAGGGCUACGUCCCAAAUAGUACCAUAUUCCCUAUAUAGUGCACUACGUUUCACCAGAUCCCUAUGGGCCCUGGUCAAACAUAGUGCACUAUAAGGGAAUAGGGUGCCAUCUGGAACAAACAAGAUCACGGAACUUCAGCGAAAAGUCAGUCUUAGCAUCUCUUCUUUUUUUGCAGCUUAAAGGGUGUGUGCACACUGCUUGACCAGAGUUGUGUGUGGGAACUGUGUGUGACCGGUUUUAGUGUCGCAGUGUAUACUGUUUGGUCAGUGUGGACUGUUUAGUGUUGACUACCUAUGAAUGACAGGUUCACUCAGACGAUCUCUACCUACCUAGAGACUUUUUACUAUUCACAAACAGCUGGUCCUAGAUCUGUUUGGCAAUGACAACUACUGAAGGAAUUAGAUCUGGAACCAGGCUAACAAACAGACAUUCACCAAACCAUCCACUGCGCAACCACCAGCCAAUAUCCUAUAUACACUACAUGACCAAAUGUAUGUGGACAUCUGCUCGUCGAACAUCUCAUUCCAAAAUCAUGGGCAUUAAUAUGGAGUUGGUCCCACCUUUGCUGCUAUAACAGCCUCCACUCUUCUUGGAACAUUGCUGCGGGGACUUCCAUUCAGCCACAAGAGCAUUAGUGAGGUCGGGCACUGAUGGUGGGCGAUUAAGCCUGGCUCGCAGUUGGUGUUCCAAUUCAUCCCAAAGGUGUUCGAUGGGGUUGAGGUCAGGGCUCUGUGCAGGCCAGUCAAGUUCUUCCACACCGAUCUCGACAAACCAUUUCUGUAUGGACCUCGCUUUGUGCACGGGGGCAUUGUCAUGCUGAAACAGGAAAGGGCCUUCCCCAAACUGUUUCCACAAAGUUGGAAGCACAGAAUCGUCUAGAAUGUCAUUGUAUGCUGUAGCGUUAAGAUUUCCCUUCACUGGAACUAAGGGACCUAACCUAAACCAUGAAAAACAGCCUCAGACCAUUAUUCCUCCUCCACCAAACUUUACAGUUGGCACUAUGCAUUCAGGCAGGUAGCGUCCUCCUGGCAUCCACCAAACCCAGAUUUGUCCAUCGGACUGCCAGAUGGUGAAGCGUGAUUCCUCUCCAGAGAACACGUUUCCACUGCUCCAGAGUCCAAUGGUGGCGAGCUUUACACCACUCCAGCCGACGCUUAGCAUUGCGCAUGGUGAUCUUAGGCUUGUGUGUGGCUGCUUGGCCAUGCAACCCAUUUCAUGAAGCUCCCGAUGAACAGUUAUUGUGCUGACGUUGCUUCCAGAGGCAGUUUGGAACUCGGAAGUGAGUGUUGCGACCGAGGACAGACGAUUUUUACGCGCUAUGUGCUUCAGCACUCGGCGGUCCCGUUCUGUGAGCUUGUGUGGCCUACCACUUCGCAGCUGAGCCGUUGUUGCUCCUAGACGUUUCCACUUCACAUUAACAGCACUUACAGUUGACCAGGGCAGCUUGUUGGAAAGGUGGCAUCCUAUGACGGUGCAACAUUGAAAGUCACUGAGCUCUUCAGUUCAGUUCAGCUCUUCUACUGCCAAUAUUUGUUUAUGGAGAUUGCAUGGCUGUGUGCUUGAUUUUGUACACCUGUCAGAAAGGGGUGUGGCUGAAAUAGCCGAAUACACCAAUUUGAAGGGGUGUCCACAUACUUUUGUAUAUAUAGUGUAGCUUUUCCCAAGAUAACAACAUUUUCUUCCCUUCCUACAGAGGCACCACAUAGGCGACCGAAGCCUGUCCCUGUGCAACAUGUUUCUGGAUGAAAUGGCUAAACAGGCCCGCAACCUCAUCACAGACAUCUGCACCGAGCAAUGCACGCUCAGCGACCAGGUGAGGUUCUGUUGUCAUGGUGAUUCAUCACAAUCCAUGCUAGGUAGUGCUGAGCGAUUUGAGGUCAGUUCGGUUUUGGUUCGAUUAUUAAAGAAUAAUCACGAUUUUUGAUUUCGUAAAACAAUUUUUUAAACAUUUAAUGCACUACAGUAUGUAUUAUUUGGGUUGAAUGCUGUAAUAACACAGAAUACAACAAUUAAUAAAAGUCCCAUGAUGGUAGUGACUGUCCAUUACUGCUUAUCACUUAAAACCCAUCAUUUAUUCACAUUACUUGGCUUUAAUAAAAUAUUUCAGUUGUUGUGUAUAUUACAUUUGUUGACAUUAUUAUUUCAUUCCAAGUCAUCAUCUCAUCUCUAUAGAGCUGCUCCCUAGCUGUGAUAAAAUCAACAUUUUAGUAGUUCUUCAAAGUGAAAUAAGGCAUACAUUUAUGACUGCUGAAUACCAACUGUCUAUCAAUCACUUAGAUCAUGUAUUUUCAGGUAGAGAUACCUUGUGAAGCAACUGCUCUCUAUGUAGUGCAUUCUUCUGGUCUCUUACGUAGCAGGUGUAAAAGAAACACAGACCGGACAGGUAGGCACGCAAUUGAUUAUGGUCAUUGUGGCUAAUUAUCACGUUUUCUGCGCAAAACUAUGUAGAACAUUGGCCUGUUGGAAACUACAACUCCCUACUACAUCGCACCGUUUGGGCAUGAUCUGAUUUAUGUCUAGAGAAAAUGCAGCGCAUUGAGCUCACAGAAAACCCCCGAACUAAAUGGAAUUCAAAUAAUUGAACCGAUGUUGGUCAAUUAGUUGUUUAAAAACCUUUCGGUUAAUCGCUCAGCACUAAUGCUAAGCAACCAGGUGAGUGCAUGUUGUCAUGCUGAUGAAUGAAUCAGGGGUCUGGGUCUGCUCUCAUAACCACUUGUGUCAUUCCUAGCCAUCUAAUGUAUUAUCAUUUCUGAGGAAGGGCCGUUUCCCAAACACAGAUUAAGCCUAGUCAUUUAGGUUUACAGUGAGUGCAUAACUUGUUAUUAGUAUUAGUAUGUUGGAACUGAACCUAUUCACUAGCCAUUUAAGUUUUUCAACUGUAGGUCUUAAGUCAGAUACUUUUCAUAAUUCUAUUUGGACCAUGUACAGUACAGGGAAAUAGAACACCAUAUAGCCUAAAUUGUGCAUGUUCCAACUAAGUGCUUUCAAAAUAUAAUUUGUCACUUCAUUCCUUAUUGGUCUGUGGGUGUUAAAGGGGUUUUCCUGUUGCUCCUGUUGCAGCUGCUGCCAAAACAUUGUGCCAAAACCAUCAGUCAGGCGGUGAACAAGAAGUCAAAGAAGCAGAUGGGGAAGAAAGGAGAGCCUGAGAGAGAGAAGCCUGGAGUAGAGAGCAUGAGGAAGAACAGGCUGCUGGUCAGCAAGUAAGUAGUGUACACUCUGUAAGGUCCCUCAGUUGGGGGUUGGGACUCUUUUCCAAUGUGUCUUUGCUCGAUUCGUCCUCUCUCCUCUUUCUCAAAACAAAUUGGAGAACGUCCACGGGGAGGGAACCUUGGAUAUUCUCCUCCAAUUCCGAGGAAUCAAGGAAAGACAAAUUGGGAAAGAGGCCUGAAACACAGAGACCUGUCCCCCUCCACCCCAACUUCUGCACUCCAUGACCUCCUCUCCACUUUCAGAUGUUUUCAACAGUGCACUAUUAAUCAAUGGUUUUGCAAGUCAUGGUCUACAUGCUUCUGAAAUUGCAUCCUAUUCCCUACAUAGUGCACUACUAUGGGCCCUGGUCAAAAGUAGUGCACUAUAUAGGGAAUAGGGUGCCAUUUGGGACGCGGCCAUGGUUAUGCAACUUUAUUUCCCACUGUGUUUGAAUAAUACCAUACUAAGAUAUAUUUCCACCGCUUGCCCUCCCUGCUCUGUGUAUUCCACUCUAAUUUGGUCCUAACUACUACGCUACUCCUAAUUCUCCACUCUAAUCCCAAUUCUCAGUUUCCAGUAAGAUACAUAGAAACAGACCACCACCAGGGAUAAUAUAAUAAUAUAGAUUCAGGUCUGAGCCAAAAACAACAUUAGCUGUGGUUCUGGAGGAACUUAAUCCAUCUGCUCUGUCACAGACUUCCCCUUAAAUCUGAACAAAAUGAGGUUUUAAUGCCUAACUGAUGUGUGUGUGUUCUUAGCCUGGAUAAGCUUCACACGGCGUUGUCCGAGCUGUGUUUCUCCAUCAACUACGUACCCAACAUGGUGAUAUGGGAACAUACCUUCACUCCAAGGGAGUACCUCACCUCACACCUGGAGAUACGCUUCACCAAGUGAGUACACACACGUGCUUACACACACACACACACACGGACACACACAGACACACACAUACACACGGACACGAACACACACACACACACUCAGGGUAUCCACUCUUUUAUUACAGUACCAGUCCUCACAGGAGGCUAUGGGUGAAUUCCUGCAGAUAGUCUGACUAUGCUCUCUCUCUGUUUCCACUGUGUUGUAACGUUGGCUGGUCAGUUAUGAAACCUGCCUCUCCUCCCCAGAACACCAAUCCAUUGAAUAUCUCACGCAGAAAGGCUUUGAGGCUUAGCUUAUUGUUAUAAAUCAAGGAACAUUGUCAUCCAUUUGGGACCAACACUUUACAUGUUGCAUUUAUAUUUUUGUUCAGUGUAUAACAGAAUCCAUGAUCAUUACACAGGUGCACCUUAUGCUGUGGACAAUAAAAGGCCACUCUAAAAUGUGCAGUUUUGUCACACAAUACAAUGACACAGAUGUCUGAGGGAGCGUGCAAAUGCCAUGCUUGAAUGCACAGAGAUACCGUGAUGAGAUCCUGAGGCCCAUUGUUGUGCCAUUCAGCCACCAUCACCUCAUGUUUCAGCAUGAUAAUGCACGGCCCAGUGUCACAAGGAUCUGUACACAAUUCCUGGAAGCUGAAAAUGUCCCAGUUCUUCCAUGGCCUUCAUACUCACCAGACACUAGAUACUGACUUGUUUUCUGAUCUACGCCCCUACCUUUUUUUAAAGGUAUCUGUGACCAACAGAUGCAUAUCUGUAUUCCCAGUCAUGUGAAAUCCAUAGAUUAGGCCUCAUUUAUUUAUUUCAAUUGACUGAUUUCCUUAUAUGAACUGUAACUUUGUAAAAUCUUUGAAAUUGUUGCCUGUUGCGUUUUUAUAAUUUUGCUCAGUAUAAUUACAAUCCCCAGAUUAACAAAAAAAACUCUCAGGGGUUUAUGAUUUUAUCUGUGUGAUUUAUUGGUCCAACAGACAAAUAUUUUUGGGGGUCAGAGUGAUUUUUGACACGUGUCCAGAAUUGGAAAUAAACAUUGUGCUGGAGAGAGUAACAGGUAUUUUCCGCUGUGGGAGUUAGGGUUGUGACGUAGGUGCUUUGGCUGGCCCCUCUGUGUGUGUGUGUGUGUGUGUGUGUGUGUGUGUGUGUUUGUCUGUGUGUGUGUGUGUGUGUGUUUGUCUGUGUGUGUGUGUGUGUGUGUCUGUGUGUGUGCGCGCAUCCUGUGUGUGACGUGGGUGCGUUGGCUGGCCCCUCUGUGUGUGUGUGUGUGUGUGUGUGUGUGUGUGUGUGUGUGUGUGUGUGUGUGUGUGUGUGUGUGUGUGUGUGUGUGUGUGUGUGUGUGUGUGUGUGUGUGUGUGUGUGUGUGUGUGUGUGUGUGUGUGUGUGUGUGUGUGUGUGUAUGUGUGUGUGUUUGUCUGUGUGUGUGUGUGUGUCUGUGUGUGUGCGCGCAUCCUGUGUGUGACGUGGGUGCGUUGGCUGACCCCUCUCCCCCGGGCCAUGAACUUCUCCACUGGCCGUGCUUCCCAGAGAUGAGAGGGCCUAUUACCAUGCACACACAAAGGCACGCUCACACACACUUACACACACACACACACACACACACACACACACACACACACACAAAGGCGCUCCCACACUCAAAGGGCCUAUUACCUUGCACACACACCCUAUUACGGCCACUUACCACUACGCCCUGCUCCGCUCCUUAAGGUUAGCGCAGGAUAAAAGUUUUACUGCCCUUCUGUUCCCAGUUCCCAGCACAAUUCAGACAGACGAGAAAAGUUGCUAGUUAUUUACUAAAUGUUCCUAAUGCUCGGUCAGGGUGUGAAAAGCGUUUUAUCACUUGUUGCGCCAUAGUUUUUAAACCCUGCCGCGUUUGAUCCGAUCUGCCCGCUCCACUCCUUGCAGCUGCACAACCAAGUUAUCUACGUAGAAAUAUGGAAAGGUUAGGGAUUAGGGAAAACAAUACAGCCAUUGUUGAACGUUGUUGAAGACUCGUCCAAACUCCCUGGAGUCCAUGGAACUAACAGGCACCAUUUGCUGAUGUAAAAAGGACUUUAUAAAUACAUUUGAUUGACUGAUUGAUCCCUAUAUGCUUAACCUUAACCGUUGGAUCUGCCGGUCAAAUAUUUACUUCCAGGACAAUAUGAACUCCCUCUCAGCCUCUGUCAGUGAAUUACAAAGAAUUGGUCAUCAUGCCCUAGAUCAGUGGUCACCAACCGGUCGAUCGACUGGUCGAUCUCCAAGGCAUUCCUAGUCGAUCACCAAACAUCUCUGUAAAAAACACCAAGAUAAGCGUCUUGCACUGUUGGCGGUAGGUGCACCUGAUUCAGCUGCCUUGCGUGCCGGGUAGGCGACGUGUUCCCAUUUUGAACCAUUUCAUAUGUCUCAAGGUACAAACUGCCUUCCCGGCGGGCCCCGGAGGAGCAAAUCAAGUGCACUAUAGGCCUACCACUGGCCAAUCGGAUGGCUCAGAUUACCGUGUCUGCAGUAACGUAGCAGGCAUAAAAGAAAGCAACAGCAAAGUUAAUACUGUGAGAUUUUAAAACUUUUAAAACCAUGACCAGAGAGAGACUGUCACCGAAUACUGCAAAGAGCUUCUGUUUUUAUGAGUGAGUUCAUGUUUAAGUUUUUAGUCAGCACUGUCAACACUUUCUAUUUAACAUAAAAUGCCUGUUCUUCCUACUUCCACUCGCGCUACAACCAGCACUGCAGCUGCAAUGAAUGAGUAGGAAAGUGUAUCGGUAGGCUUGCGUUGUUGUUAUUAUUAGCGGCUUGGGCAAUUGUUAUAUCUAGGAAUAUUUAACUUUCUGGUCAUAGGAGUAACAACAUUAAUUUGUGCAUGAGGCGACUCGAGUUUCCCCAUCAGCUGGAAGACGGUGUCCCUUUUUGGUCAGUGGCCCUUUUUGCUCAGUGUCAGUGGAGGAAAGGGAGAGCAGAGGGACGUUGAGAGGCGGACCCUAGUCUGCUGCUCUCGCCCUCCGCUGAGACUAACCAUCAGAUGCAGGCUCUAAAAAAAAGCUAAUUAUUUAAAUGUAUGCUCACUCAGCUGUGCCUCACAAGUAAUACAUCAACUGAUCUAUUACCAGCCUACCUCAAAUGUUGAAAUAUAUAUAUAUAUAUAUUUUUUUAAUGGCAGGGCAAUUCAAGCAAAGCCAAUAUGCGUUGAUAAGGUUUUGGGCCUAUAGCUUGCUGCACAAACCUCAUUACUACAGUACUGUUUUUAAUAGGUUAAUGUUGCUGCAUAGGCUUAGAUCCCUGCUUGCAUUUUGACUCAGAAAGUGAUCUCGACUCAAAAAAGGUUGGUGACCACUGCCCUAGAUUGAUUGACUGAUGGAUCCUGUUUUGUUCCUUCUCUAGGUCUAUCGUGGGAAUGACCAUGUAUAACCAGGCCACCCAGGAGAUAGCCAAGCCGUCUGAGCUGCUGACCAGUGUCAGGGCCUACAUGACUGUGCUCCAGAGCAUAGAGAACUAUGUUCAGAUAGAUAUCACCAGGGUGUUCAACAACGUGCUGCUGCAGCAGACACAACAUCUGGACAGUCACGGAGAACCAACCAUCACCAGCCUCUACACCAACUGGUGAGUCCUAACCCCUUAACUUCUUAACCCUAACCUCCUAACCCCUUAACCUUAACCUCCUUACUCCUUAACCCUAACCUCCUAACCCCUUAACCUUAACCUCCUAACCCCUUAACCCUAACCUCCUAACUCCUUAACCCUAACCUCCUAACCCAUUAACCCUAACCUCCUAACCCAUUAACCCUAACCUCCUAACCCCUUAACCCUAACCUCCUAACCCCUUAACCCUAACCUCCUAACCCCUUAACCCUAACCUCCUAACCCAUUAACCCUAACCUCCUAACCCAUUAACCCUAACCUCCUAACCCAUUAACCCUAACCUCCUAACCCAUUAACCCUAACCUCCUAACCCAUUAGCCCUAACCUCCUAACCCAUUAACCCUAACCUCCUAACCCAUUAACCCUAACCUCCUAACCCAUUAACCCAAACCUCCUAACCCAUUAACCCUAACCUCCUAACUCCUUAACCCUAACCUCCUAACUCCUUAACCCUAACCUCCUAACUCCUUAAUCCUAACCUCCUAACUCCUUAACCCUAACCUCCUAACCCAUUAACCACUUAGUCCUAACCUCUUACCCCUAACCCCUUAACCCUAACCCCCUAACCCUAACCCACCAUCACUAGCCUCUUCACCAACUGGAAUACAUUCACAAAACAAUAGGAAUUUCCACUUUCUGCCUGUCUGGGAAUAACAGUUUUGGGCCUUGAUUCACACCAACGCAUAUAAAUGUCCUGUGUACUGCGAUUGAGUUUGAAUGUUGAUUUCUGCUUGAGCCGACAUCCGCGAUGAACGUGGUCUCUGUGAACGUCUGAGAAAUUGCCUUUAAAAGUCUAUCGCAGUGCGCAGGUUAUUAAUCUGGGUUGGUUUGAAUCCCAGCCUUGAUGGGAAUCCCAUGCCUUCCAUUCAAUCACAUAACCACCAAAAAUGACAACCCAUACAUUCUCUCUGUACUACAGGUAUCUGGAGACUUUACUGCGCCAAGUUAGCAACGGACACAUAGCUUACUUCCCAGCCAUGAAGGCUUUUGUCAACCUGCCUACAGAGAACGAGCUCACCUUCAACGCAGAGGAAUACUCUGAUAUCUCAGGUAAGCUUCAUCAGUUAUACUAUCCUUUUAGACACCAAUAGACUCAUGGUACUGAGAGUAUGAGUCAUGAUUUACUACCUAGCUUAUUUAAACGGUGCUUGUUUAUAGCUAUAGCAGUGUUGGAUGGAACUAAGAAUCACUAACAGAACUCUUCCAUGAUCUUAUGUCGAGGGGUUGGGAUAAAGCAGGAAAAUACAUGUAUGUUGGACAUUUGUGGACAUUCAUUGGACAAUAAAGUAGCCUAAGUAGACAGAAGAUUACAGAACUUUUCCAUGACCUUGUGUUGGAUGGGUUGGAUUAAAGCAGACCACCAAAUGUCCAUUGGACAUUUACAUUUACAUUUGAGUCAUUUAGCAGACGCUCUUAUCCAGAGCGACUUACAGUUAGUGAGUGCAUACAUUUUCAUACUGGCCCCCCGUGGGAAACGAACCCACAACCCUGGCAUUGCAAGCGCCAUGCUCUACCAACUGAGCUACAGGGGACAUUUUGGACAUUUUAUUCCUAUAUUCUUCUCUUCUCAGAGAUGCGGUCCCUGUCGGAGCUGCUGGGACCCUACGGGAUGAAGUUCCUCAGUGAGAGCCUCAUGUGGCACAUCUCCUCCCAGGUGGCCGAGCUCAAGGUGAGGAGUCACGGGGUCAAGGAGAUCAGGGAUUAAAGGUCGAAUUCCAGAGGUUACCCCAGGGCAGGCUGGGUCAUGUUCAUUGGAGGAAAAUGUCUUAUUGCACAAGUCCAGAAAGUCUGUCCCCUGUUUCGGACCGGUUUGUUCCGUUUGGUGCCUAAUGAACACAACCCUAGUUUUUCUCUUCUAUAAUUCUUAGUGUGUGUCCGAAAUGCGACCCUAUCCCCUAUAUAGUGCACAUAUUUGACCUGGGUCCUGUGGCGGUCUCCUAUGGGAUCUGGUCAAAAGUAGUGCACUAUAUAGGGAAUAGGGUGCCAUUUCAGAUGAAGCCUUGGCAGUAUGAGUUAUUAGAGGCUCUUUAAGAAGCUGAGUUUUCCCCUGGAAACAGAGCCAGACCCACAGCAGAGCAGUUCUGUUGUUUCUUCAUUACUCCUUAAUGACUUAUUUCCCAGAACAGAGGCAGUGUGGGUUACUGGUAACCUCUAACUGCUGACUGACACUUGAUCAGUUUCCCUACCCUCACUACAUUUUUGGUAACUAAUAAAGAGGGCCAGGGAAUUCUGUGCGAUCAGCUAAAUCUUUUUAAUUAGAUCUAAUAAGACUGGGACAAAAUUGGUUUAGUGUUAGUGGUAAGUGUUACGAAAGCAGCUAGCCAGACUGAUAAAUCUAAAUUAGCACCAAAAUCAGUCCUAAUAGAUGUACAUGCGUAGGCCUCUGCGUUCCAUAACAUAUUUAUUGGUUAGCGUUGCACUUUAGAGCGGCAUAAUCUCUUUGAUUAGAUCUGAUCUAACUGGGAUGAAAAGGUACUAUGGUUAGCACCAACAUCAGUCAUUUUUAGUCCAAAAUCAGGUAUUUUUUAGUGUUGCACUUCAGAGCUGCAAAACUGUUUUGAAAGAGUUCUCGGUGGAAUGUAAUUUACCUAAAGAAUGAUGAUCAAUGUUUCUUAUUUUAUUGCAGCAGGCUGACAAGAUUAUUCAUGUUUUUUCAAACGGUUCUUUAGAUUAUAAUAUAAUUGGUCUUUUACUCCCUAGAGCACACAUUAGUGUGUGAAAGUAGCUCUGGCACAUAUUUAUGAUUCUCUGGCAUGCAAACCUUCCCUUCACUUCUGAAAGACAUUUGUGAAAAGAAAAUAAGUUUGGUAUCUGAUUCACAAUCAGACGUAGGAAUGAAGCAUUGGUUUUAUUCAGCCUGUACAAACCAAGCCGUGUGCAUCAAAUGACUUAACACAAAACACGUUUUUGGCAAACGCUCUCAAAGCAAACUGAACAAGUGGAAGGCUUGCAAGCCAUUGCGAGCAGCACACAUGACUGUCAGAUUUUUUUUUUUUUUUUAACAACCCUUUGGCUCUUUUCGCCAAGACACCCAUCACAAAAAAUUACACGCUUCUAAUUUUUUUUGGUUGCAACCCAAAUGGCACCCUAUUCCUUACAUAGUGCACUACUUUUGACCAGAGCCCAUCGUGCACUUCUUUUGACCAGAGCCAAAAGUAGUGCAGAAUAUAGGGAAAAGGGUGCCAUUUGGGACGAACAUUUGUAAGACCCCCCGCAUAGUGCAGCAUCUGGUGAUGGUAAGGGCCUUUUCCUGUUGUGCGAACGAAGGGGAAAGUCUUUGGAAUUAGGAUCCCUAGUUGAUUCCCCAAAUAAUCCCCUCACCACUUAGGAGGCCUCUCUCUCUCUUCUCCUCCUCCUCUCCUCAGAAACUGGUGGUGGACAACGUUGAGAUUCUGACCCAGAUGAGGACCAGCUUUGACAAGCCUGAACAUAUGGCUUCUCUGUUCAAGAAGCUCUCAUGUGGGUACUCUGUAUUUAUAUUGGCCUGGUCAGAGUAUUGCUGGCCCAGACAGACACCAGGCUCAGUGCUGCCAAGGGCUACAUAUACAUUUUCCCAUAGUACUGUUCUGCCUACAUGGCUUUGGUUAUGGCUGCUGAAGGGCAAAAGUGACAUAACAAAACACCUUAGUCUCAUUUGCAUACCUGUAAAAUUACUAGAGACAUGUCAGUUGUCUGUGAGACUUGCAUGUUCUUUGUCUUGGUGUUACAGCAGUCGACAGUGUUCUGAAAAGGAUGACCAUCAUUGGAGUCAUCCUCUCAUUCCGAUCCCUGGCUCAGGAGGCACUCCGAGAUGUAUGUCGGCCCUUUAACUUUCCACCACUUGAAUGGCAUCAUAUAUUGACACAAUACAGUACACAAUUAUUUUGAUCUGUCUCAAGCUGGUUUUGUCACAUUUCACCCUGUGCCAAAGUUAGUUUAAUCUAAUAUUUCUGGCUUUGUAUUGAAAUAAAGCAUGAUCCUCUUCUUGUCACCAGGUGUUGUCCUGCCACAUCCCAUUCCUGGUGAGCUCAGUGGAGGACUUCAAGGAUCACAUUCCCAGAGAGACCGACAUGAAGGUGAGACACAGUAGGACCUUUAAAUUAUGCUUAAUGAGGUCAGGGUUGUGGGUUCAGAUCCGACAUGGAUCGCAUAAGAAUACUAAGUCCCACAAGGCUCACAUACACAUACAUUGUACUGUAAAUUGCUAAGUGGCAUAGCUAUAUAAUUAUUAAUAUUAUAUAUGAAUGGCUAUUGUGUUUGAAGCAGACUAAUUCUCUGAUGUCCUUUAUGUCUCUGUUGAUCAUCAGGUGGCCAUGAACGUGUAUGAGCUGUCGUCUGCAGCAGGUCUGCCCUGUGAGAUAGAUCCUGCCUUAGUGGUGGCCCUCUCCUCUCAGAAGUCAGGUGAGAUAGGAUGCACCAUACACUGCUGCAUCACAAUUGUUACAUGGAAGCCCAUUCUUCUGUACGCACCAUUGUUGAGGACUUCGAUGAAAUGAUUGUUGAAUAAUUAUCCAGAGCAAAUGUUAUAAUGAAUGAUUAACUGUAACAAGAAAACAUUUGUCAAAUAGUUUACUGCACAUCUUGGAUUUAGUAAAUCGUCCAUUUACAACAUCAAUUUGGAAUUAACGGAUAUGUGUCCAGUUACAGGAUCUGAGGCGUUUGACGCUACUUCCUACUUCACAGUAAGGCCAGUUAAAAAAAAAAAAACAUGCCUUCUUGAACAUGUGAACUUUCAUGUGCCUUAAUUACACACUUGUACGAGAUCCGUAAAUAUGAAUAAACAUGUUAAAUUAUGAGCCUAGUUUAUCCAAGGAGAACAGAGUGCCUUCAGAAGGUAUUCAUACCCCUUGACUUAUUCCACAUUUUGUUGUCUUACAGCCUGAAUUACAAAUGGAUAACUAUAUUUUUUUUAUCUCACCCAUCUGCACACAAUACCCCAUAAUGACAAAGUGAAAACAUGUUUUUAGAAAUGUUUGCAAAUGUAUUGAAAAUUAAAUACAAAAAUAUUAUAUUUACGUAAGUAUUCACACCCCUGAGUCAAUACAUGUCAGAAUCACUUUUGGCAGCAAUUACAGCUGUGACUCUUUCUGGGUAAGUCUCUAAGAGCUUUUCACACCUGGAUUGUACGAUAUUUGCACAUUAUUCUUUAAACAAUUCUUCAAGCUCUGUGAAGUUGGUUGUUGAUCUAGACAGCCAUUUUCAAAUAGAGAGCCAUUUUCAAAUCUUCAUAGAUUUUCAAGCCGAUUUCAGUCAAAACUGUAACAGGGCCACUCAGGCCACUCUAUUCCUUUUAUUUUUAUCCUAAAAAAAACUCCCUAGUCCUUGCCGAUGACAACAUACCCAUAACAGUCAUGAUUGGCUGAGAUAAUGGAGUGGUUGGACAUGCCGAGAGAUGAGUUCUGAUUGGUCUGUCAUGUCACAGGCUUCUGUCUAUAACAGAAUGGGGGAUCCCUGGUUAGUAUAUAGAUCAUCUUUGCUACCACAGAUUUUUGGAAAGAUAUAGCUAUGGAAAACUGCAAAAGUGUUGCUACAGCUACCUGAAUUUAGCUGGGUUUAAGUAGAGAGACUUUCUGGAGGAAAAUGCCAUGCUGACUCACACAUGUGUGGGUGGGGUGGGGCUAAGGGUUAAGAGGGUGUGAACAGUGCUGAAUGGACGUAAACAAAGAAGAGCUCUCUAGGAAGUGUGAAAAUCUCAUCAAAAUCUUUCAAUGGGCAUUUUCUCCUAAAUGGAAUAACAUGUUUAUCAACUUGUCCCAUGUUUCCUCCAACUACAGUGUAUGAUAUACCAGUUUGAAGCUCCGAGUCUGUACUUUUAUAAAAUGUAAAAAUAAGCAAAUCACUUACAUUUGACUUAAGCCGCAAUUGAGAAAUCUGGACACAUACACUAUAUAUACAAAAGUAUGUGGACACCCUUUCAAAUUAGUGGAUUUGCUCAUUUCAGCCACACCCGUUGUUGGCAGGCGUAUAAAAUCGAGCACACAGCCAUGCAAUCUCCAUAGACAAACAUUGGUAGUAGAAUGGCCUUACUGAAGUGCUCAGUGACUUUCAACGUGGCACCGUCUUAGGAUGCCACAUUUACAUUUACAUAAUUUAGCAGACACUCUUAUCCAGAGCGACUUACAGUUAGUGAGUGCAAACAUUAUAUUUUUGUAUUUUUUCAUACUGGCCCCCCGUGGGAAUCAAACCCACAACCCUGGCGUUGCAAAUGCCAUGCUCUACCAACAUCCCUUCCGGCCAUUCCCUCCCCUACCCUGGACGAUGCUGGGCCAAUUGUGCGCCGCCCCAUGGGUCUCCCGGUCGCGGCCAGCUACGACAGAGCCUGGAUUCGAACCAGGAUCUCUAGUGGCACAGCUAGCACUGCGAUGCAGUGCCUUAGACCACUGCGCCACCUUUCCAACAAGUCAGUUCGUUAACUCUCUGCCCUGCUAGAGCUGACCCAGUCAACUGUAAGUGAUGUUAUUUUGAAGUGAAAACGUCUAGGAGCAACAAUGGCUCAGCCGCGAAGUGGUAGGCCACACAAUCUCAGAAAACAGGACCGCCGAGUGCUGAAGGACGUAGCGCGUAAAAAUCAUCCGUCCUCGGUUGAAACAUUCACUACCGAGUUCCAAACUGCCUCUGGAAGCAACGUCAGCACAAUAAUUGUUUGUCGGGAGCUUCAUGAAAUGGGUUUCCAUGGCCAAGCAGCCGCACACAAGGCUAAAAUCACCAUGCGCAAUGCCAAGCGUCGGCUGGAGUGGUGUAAAGCUUGCCGCCACGCUUUAUCAUCUGGCAGUCCGACGGAGAAAUCUGGGUUUGGCGGAUGCCAGGAGAAUGCUACCUCCCCCAAUGCAUAGUGCCAACUGUAAAGUUUGGUGGAGGAGGAAUAAUGAUCUGGGGCUGUUUUUCAUUGUUCGGGCUAGGCCCCUUAGUUCCAGUGAAGGGAAAUCUUAACGCUACAGCAUACAAUGACGUUCUAGACGAUUCUUCCAACUUUGUGGCAACAGUUUGGGGAAGGCCUUUUCCUGUUUCAGCAUGUCAAUGCCCCUGUGCACAAAGCGAGGUCCAUACAGAAAUGUUUUGUUGAGAUCGGUGUGGAAGAACUUGACUGGCCUGCACAGAGCCCUGACCUCAACCCCAUCUAACACCUUUGGGAUGAAUUGGAACACCGACUGCGAGCCAGGCCUAAUCGCCCAACAUCAAUGCCCGACCUCACUAAUGCUCUUGUGGCUGAAUGGAAGCAAGUCCGCACAGCAAUGUUCCAACAUCUAGUGGAAAGCCUUCCCAGAAUAGUGGAGGCUGUUAUAGCAGCAAAGGGGGGGACCAACUCCAUGAUUUUGGAAUGAGAUGUUUGACGAGCAGGUGUCCGCAUACUUUUGGUCAUGUAGUGUAUGUUAAGUUGUUUAGCUGAAAUUAUGAUGACUAUCAUAUGCCUCAUAGCCUGAGUUCCAUGUCCAAAUGCUGUGGAAAGGAUGACUAAUUCAUUGUUGAAAUCUCACAGUUUGAAAAGUAAUCUGUUGAUAAUGGCAGAGGGAGAGAGUUGGACAAGCAUUAGAACUACAUUCCACUCUGUAGUCAUGUAUGAAAACUAAAAGUUUUCAUAAAUUAAAAAUAAAUUAUGUCCUGUCAAUUUCAUAAUCGCAACAGAUAGGCCAGGUGUUUGUUUAGUUAACGUUUGGACACCUCAGCAGCCCUGAGGGACGGGUUACUUAACAGGACAUGUUGAUGCUUAUGCACACUGGUAUUAGGUUGUCAAGUCAUGUAGCCUGCAGCCAUAUCCACAAAGUCCAGUCCAAUUUCUGCACCCAGUUCCCUAUAUAGCGCGCUACUUUUGACCAGAGCCCUAUGGGCCCUGCUGUGCGUCCCAAAUGGUACCCUAUUUCCAGAGAUUACUCUGUGUGUGCGUCCCAAAUUGCACCCAACCCAUAUAUAGGGGUCUGGUAAAAAAGUAUUGCACUAUAUAGGGAAUAAGGUGCCAUUUAGGGCAAAGCCAAUGGCUCUCCUCAAGUUCCCAGCCUCUCUCUGUUGCUCUAAGGAAAAUACUCAAUAACAUUGCUUUAACUCAGAGCUACUAAGAGCCCUGGGGGACUUUUGGCCAGUGAAGACAUUCUGUUAUAUACCGCGGCUGUUCUUAUACAAACUUCUAAUGUUUACUUUCAAAAUAGUUAUCAACCCUCAACCUCAUCUCCUAAAAUGCGUCCCAAAUGGCACCCUAUUCCCUAUGUAGUGCACUACUUUUGACCAGGGCCCAUAGGGAAUAGGGUGCCAUUUGGGAGGCACUCCUACCCCUUAUUGGGUCCACAUAGUUGAAUCCUCUCCCAGUCCUGUAAAUAUAAAUGACAGUUAAUUACGGAGCCAUACUGCAGUUUGUCUUGGCUAGCGGGUAUUCGUUUUCGGAUAAUAUCCCAAAUGGAUCCCCCUGAUUCUCUAUGUCAUUAUGCCAAGAUAAAGGUGUGUUGUUAAGCUGUGAGGGUGAUGGUUUGUUAAUAGACAUUUCCUUUCUUUGGUAACAGAGAACAUCAGUCCGGAGGAAGAGUACAAGAUAGCGUGCCUGCUGAUGGUCUUUGUGGCAGUCUCUAUACCCACCUUGGCAAGCAACGUCAUGUCCCAGUAUAGCCCUGCUAUCCAAGGUACCUGUUCUUAGAUAAAUUAAGUAUAUGUUCUAUGUACAUUUUAAGGACAUUUGUUGUUAUACUUAUUGAUAUGGUUCCUUCAUAAUCGUCCUUGUUAACAGUGCUGUAAGAUAUAGUAGAUCGUUUUACCCACAGUGUUUAAAGUAUGUAAUCUUUUCACAGGUCACUGCAACAACAUCCACUGUCUGGCUAAAGCUAUAAACCAGAUCGCUGCAGCUUUAUUCACCAUCCACAAAGGCAGCAUCGAGGACCGCCUCAAAGAGUUCCUUGCAGUACGUUUUAUAGUGAUAGUCCAUUUGGUUUAUACCACACAUUUCUCUUCACCCUUUUUUAUUAUUUAUUAGAAGCAGCUCUCUUCCUUCAUCUGUUUUAUAUUUAAUUUCUAUUUGGGCCCUUGUCAAAAGUAGUGCACUAUGUAGGGAAUAGGGUGCUAUUUGGGACGCAUCCAUGGUUUAAUACACACAACGUGGGAAAAGGCAGGAUCAUUUUUUAUUUAUAUAAUUUUUGUAUUUUCAUAACCAGGCUUGAAAAACAUUAUGUUCCAUAAACCUUCGGUGAUUCUAAAUCAUUUUAAAUUGAAUAUCUUAAAUGAAUUUUUCUGGAUGACUGGCGCUUUUUCUGCAUUGCUGAGGAGGAGGGCACAGCGCACCACUAACCUUGUUUUCCACUCUAUCUAUUUCCGUUGGAAUUAUUCCUCAAUGUCCUCUUACUUUUUUAUUGCACUCCAAUAAUGUAUUACUACAACAGUGUUGAAAUCUUUAAUGCCGUUUCCAAUUUGAAACCAUGUGAGACACAGCCCAAGCCAGGUCCUCUUUGAAACGCUGGAGUGUUUAGUUUAAAUCCAAGAGUACAUUUUCACCAUGUGUCAAAGCUGAACCCACAUGGCAAGGCUAGAAUGGUAAACUGGUGGUUUGGGGUUAUUCAUAGUGACUGUAAUAUAGACUUUAAAUGUCUAGUAACAUUGUGGUUUAAACAUCUAGUAACAUUGUGAAACUGAUGGAAAGAGACACAAGUGCUUCUACACUUUCAGGGUCGGUUUCCCCAGACACAGAUAAAGCUUAGUACUGGACAUAAUUUGUUCUUUCUCUCCUGUGCAGCUUGCCUCCUCCAGUUUGCUGAAGAUCGGCCAGGAGACUGACAAAACCACAACAAGGAACAGAGAAUCUGUCUACUUGCUCCUGGACAUGGUGGGUCACAUACUGUAUGGAUGUUUCCCAAAUGGCAACUAUUCCCUAUGGGCCCUGGUCAAAAAGUUCAGACACCCCAGUAGGAUUGUCAAAUGUUUGCAUGCCGACAGUACUUAGCACCUCUGAACAGUGUCCGCAGACAAUCUCUUUUGUGUUGCAACAGCAAAGACUUUGGACGUCGUCAGCCACUCACGUGUUUCAUGCUAAAAUUAGUGCAAUAUAUAGGUAAAAGGGUGCCAUUUUCUAUUUAACCUUUAUUUAAGUCCCAUUGAGGUCAGAAUAACUAUUUCCUAAGGGAGACCUGGGAAGGUAAGUCCUAUACUAUUAAUUUAUGAUACUAUAUCAAACCGAAUGACUCAGAAUUAUAAAGUUAGGCCUACUUUAGUAUGAGUAGAUUGGAGUUUUAUUGUAUAGAUCUUAAACGUUGAACUUAACAUAUGACUUAACUAGCUAUCAUCUAACAUGUUGUCACAUCCUCUAACUAUCAUUUAACUAUCAUCUAACACGUUGUCACAUCAUCUAACUAUCAUCUGACACGUCACAUCAUCUAACUAUCAUCUGACACGUUGUCACAUCAUCUAACUAUCAUCUGACACGUUGUCACAUCAUCUAACUAUCAUCUGACAUGUUGUCACAUCAUCUAACUAUCAUCUAACACGUUGUCACAUCAUCUAACUAUCAUCUAACACGUUGUCACAUCAUCUAACUAUCAUCUGACACGUCACAUCAUCUAACUAUCAUCUGACACGUUGUCACAUCAUCUAACUAUCAUCUGACACGUUGUCACAUCAUCUAACUAUCAUCUGACACGUUGUCACAUCAUCUAACUAUCAUCUGACACAUGUAAUAUACCGGUUGGUUCACACACACACACACACACACACACACACACACACACACAAACACACACCCUUAUGCCUUAUCCAUGGGGCUACUCUGCCUCGAUUAAACUUAGUUUGCAUCCCAAAUGGCUCCCUAUAGAGCGCAAUACUUUUGACCAGAGCCGUAUGUGGGCCCUGGUCUAAAGUAGUGCACUAUAUAGGGAAUAGGAUGCUAUUUCAGACGUUCUCACAGUGGUUAUUUUGGGUUCUAUCCAUAUCCAUCCAUGUGUUUUCUCUACCAGAUUGUGCAGGAGUCCCCGUUCCUGACAAUGGACCUUCUGGAGUCCUGCUUCCCCUAUGUGCUGCUCCGUAAUGCAUACCAUGCUGUCUACAAGCAGAGUGUGUCUUCCUCCGCCUGA